AUGGCCUUUGAAAACUGCACCGUGUUUACAGACUUCAUACUCUUAGGACUCUCUGGCAGGCGGGAUGUGCAGCAGGGGCUCUUUGUGCUCUUCCUGCUGGUUUAUGGCAUCACUGUGAUCACCAACCUAGGCAUGAUCCUGCUGAUCAACAUGGACCCCUAGCUCCACAUGUAUUAUUUCUUGAGCAAUCUGUCAUUCAGUGAUGUCUGCUAUUCCUCCACUGUGUCCCCCAAAAUGCUGGCUGAUUUCUUAUCUCAGCAAAAGAAGAUUGCAUAUAAUUUAUGUGCUGUACAGAUGUUUGUUUUUGGUACCUUUGCAGAUGUGGAAUGUGUCAUGCUGUCUGUUAUGGCAUAUGACCGUUAUGUAGCAAUUUGUAAUCCACUUUUGUAUACAACAGCCAUGUCUGGAAGAGUUUGUACCCAGCUAAUGACUAUUGUAUACAUCCAAAGUCUGGAAUAUUCUGCAAUCUUUACUUAUUGCCCAAUUUGGUUGUCAUUCUGCAAUUCCAAUGUCAUCAAUCACUUUUUCUGUGACUUCCCACCCUUACUUGCCCUCUCCACCUCAGACACAACCAUCAAUGAGAUAGUGAUGUUCACUUACAGUAGCUGUGUUCUAGGGUUCAGUAUUGUUACUGUCCUCCUCUCCUACAGCUACAUUGUAAUCACCAUCCUUAGGAUGAAAUCAGCCAAGGGCAGACACAAAGCCUUCUCUACCUGUGCCUCCCAUUUAAUCACUGUGGCUAUGUUUUAUGGGACACUCCUCUUCAUGUAUUUCCAACCCAGCUCAAGUCACUCCAUGGACACAGACAAAGUAGCCUCUGUUUUCUACACAGUUGUCAUUCCCAUGUUAAAUCCGCUGAUCUACAGUUUGAGGAAUAAGGAUGUGAAAAACACUCUGAAAAAAGCAGUUGACUCUAAAUUAUGUUCUGAUUGAAGCCACAUUUUCACCUGUAGUGUUUAUUUGAAGAUCCUGAGAGCUAUAGUUUGGGUAUUGGAUAUGCAUUUUUAUGGGUUCACCAGUGCCUGA